AUGGCGGCGAUGGAUACCAGCGUAAGUUUGGCGCAAUUCGCUGAGGACACGACACAGGCCUCCAAAGAGCAGCCAACACAGAAGGAGAUCCGCUGUCGACGACUUGUGGCAGAGACUGCCAAUCCCAGCUCGCGUUAUGUUGGCAACACACCGAAAGAAGAGCUGCUGCUGGAACACGUUCGGGAAUUUGAAGACCAGUUCGUGAACGUCUACGGCAACCGCUUCCUUUUCCUUUGCCCACCGAACGAGUAUGGGGUGCCCAAGUUCUUGCCGACCACACUGCGACCCACGCACCUCCCGUACCAAGAGAUUUACGAGUACAAGUCCUGUGCAAAGUUCCUUGCUGACUUUUUCAAUUAUGAUGAACUCCAUCCAGCUGACAGAUAUCCCACAGUAGUGCCGGCUCCAGCGUCCGUGCUCAACUGGCAGGCUGGGGAUUGUUUUGACUUGUCCAUUGCGCUUGCCUCCUUGCUGAUUGGUGUGGGUUACGAUGCGUACUGCGUCAGCGGCUUUGCGCCGAGAUUCAUCACGACCCGCAAUGAGGCACGCAGUGCAUGCCCACAGCUGGAUGCCGAUAUCGAGGAGACCAAGGAAGAGGACAAGCAGGAGGAGGACGAGUUUGUCAUUCCGAAGAAGCCACCGCUGAGGUCUGAAUACAAGGAGGCAAAGGCCAGGGCAGAGGAGGCGGAUCGCAUCCGUCUUGAAGAGGAGGAGAUGAAAUCGGAUUCAGAAGAUGAUCCGUCCAGCGACGAGGAUGAGUUCGAAAACCGGCGCAUCCAUUGCUGGGUCUUGGUGCGAAAGGGGUCGCGCGAGGUUGCUGAAGACAUGUACCUCGAGCCAACCACCGGCCGCAUCUACUCAGUCAGACGAUGUCCAUACCUCAAGAUUGACUUGAUCUGGAACCAUCGCAAUCUUUGGGUCAACAUGCAGGUCUGUGGGGCCUCACACGUCCAGCUCGAUUUGUACAACUCCCGCUACUUCGAGUACGUGAUGUUGGACGCCGAUAAUCCCAGCGGCGACUUGGGCAGUGGGCGAUACGAGGGUGAUGACACAGGCCCUGUGACUGCCGUUCCGUCCUCCGCUGGCAACCUGGACACAGAUGAGAGCCGACGGGCCGAGCAAACAGCACAGAUCCUGGAUCUGCCAUCGCCCUGGAGCGAGCGACCGGACAUACCCCGUGAAAAAUUCCAUGCGCGCUGCUUUCAAGGGGAGAAGACCAUCUUCUACCACAAGUGCAAGGUCGAGCAGUAUGCGCCAUACACGCAGGAUGACGGCCUGGUGCAGCGCAUCACCCUCUACAAGGAUGUUCGCCGGCAAAUCCCACUGGAAAUCCGGGAGCGCUUCAAGCACCGGAAAGACAAGCUCUUCGAGCGCAAGCGCCGUCCUAUGCAGAAUGAGACGCUUGAGCGCUUCCUUCCCGGUCGGCCCUCCACCUCUGCCUCCAAUGCGGGUGGUGCCCUGAAGGAGUACCGCGAGAUCAGCGCCCUCAGCCGCGAGCUGAUUUUCUACAAGUCCCGCUUGGAUGGUCUUGUCCGCUCGGUCGAGAUCAUUGGCAGGAAGAUGUUCGAGUAUUUCGAAGACCGUGAUGACCGUCUGAUCUACCACUCAGUGACUCUGGAUCCUACAGCCAUGACAAGCGGCACUCUUCGUGGUGGGCCCAAGAGCAAGGACACUUAUCCUGUCGAUUCUGUGGGAGAAGUGCCCAUCAAGAAGAUGACCCAGAAGUACGCUCGCAAUCCAGAGGUGCCUGCUGAGGAGGACAUUGCAAAGAUAAGCUUUUAUCUGUCCGAGCAAACCUCUACAUCGAUUUAUUCCUCAACGGGAAAGAUCCGAGUAGACUACCAUCGUGAACCUGGCUCGCUGACUUUUCGCCAAGUCAUGUACCACUACGAAGACGGCAACCUGCGUCGGCGGCCCUCAAGCUUGCCGCAGCCAACCCAGGUGCAGGUCCACAAGCUCUUGCAGAUGCAGUCCAGUUGUCGGGACACCAUCAUGGCUUCACACACCAGCAUCCAGCAGGAGCUCACCACGCGGCGCAAGGACGAGAUUAGCAUCCGCGGGAUGCGAUCUGUGUCAGCGGGAAAGAAGCGUGACCUCACCAUUCCAGGCAGCCGCGACGAUGUGUUGGAGCCCUCCGUUUAUGACCUUGCCCGCGAGAGUGCUCGUGUGGAAGGCACCAGGGAAGGUGCGGAAGAGGAGAAGCAGGAAGAGCAAACCUCGAAGGUGGACAUCCUCGCACCCUAUCUGGUGGAUUUCAUCAACAAGGAGACCGGUCUUGUUCAGCUCGACUCGCUCCAGGCAGAGCUCGUGGCCAAGAAGUGUACCACGGACUUCCGCAAGCGCCUGACAGACAGAGCGGAGAUCAUCCAGCGUCGCUUGGAGGAGGAGCAGGAGCUGCUCCGUAAGCGGCGGGCGCAGAUGCAGUGCCGAGGGGACAGCGUGGAGCGGGAUGAGCGGGAUUUCGAGCAGUACCAGAAUCAAGCCAUGUUUCGAACACAGAUUCUGGAGCAGCGGCUGGCUCGACAUGAGAUGCAAGCUAUUGAGAAGUUCCAGGACCUCGAGAGGAUGCUGCAGGAAGACCCUCGCCUUGCGGCGAUGUGGCAGAAGGAGCCCGCGGCAGUGAAAGGCUGA